CGUGGAGCUGCUGCUGCUGGGGGUGGCGUGGCUGGCGGGCCCGGCCCGCGGGCAGAACGAGACGGAGCCCAUCGUACUUGAGGGCAAGUGCCUGGUGGUGUGCGACUCCAACCCCACGUCCGACCCCACGGGCACGGCUCUGGGCAUCUCCGUGCGCUCCGGCAGCGCCAAGGUGGCCUUCUCGGCCAUCAGGAGCACCAACCACGAGCCGUCCGAGAUGAGUAAUCGCACCAUGAUCAUCUACUUCGACCAGGUGCUAGUGAACAUCGGCAACAACUUUGAUUCCGAACGCAGCACUUUCAUUGCCCCGCGCAAAGGAAUCUACAGUUUUAACUUCCACGUGGUGAAAGUCUACAACAGACAGACCAUCCAGGUGAGCCUCAUGUUAAAUGGGUGGCCGGUGAUUUCAGCCUUCGCUGGUGACCAGGACGUGACCCGGGAGGCCGCCAGCAACGGAGUCCUAAUCCAGAUGGAGAAAGGCGACCGAGCAUACCUCAAACUGGAGCGGGGGAACCUGAUGGGGGGCUGGAAGUACUCGACCUUCUCCGGAUUCCUGGUGUUUCCCCUCUGACUGGCUCAUCGCCAGAAUGGAGGCAGGGAGAGGGCGAAGGCAGGAGGGGAGUGAGAAAGAGGCCGAAAUUGAGAGGGCGAGAAAGCUGCACGACUUGAAACUUCCUCCAUGUUUCCCAGCUGCAUCCGGGUAAAAGGUGCGCGCCGCGGUGGGACAGCAUUGUUGUCUCCUCAGUAGGAGAAGUAAAUUCCUCUUAGCUCUGCGCACUCGCAUUUCCAAAAACAAACUCGCCUCCCCCACUCCAGUUGCGGUAAUCAUGAAAGAGGCUGCCUUGUCAUUGUUUCUGACCCGCACCUUCAUGUUCCCUACAAUUUAUUUAAAAGAAACUUUGUGUUUCACUGUAGAAUGUGAAAUAUUUUUCUCCCCAUUUGCCCUCUGAAUUCUUCCACCUGCUGAAAUCUAAUAUACCCCCCAUGUUUUUAGUUUGAGGAAGGCUUAAGGUUUUUUUGUUUUUGGAUGGGGGAGGUAGUUUUAAUUUGGCAAAUGUUACUCUUCUUAAAAGAUGCUCAAGAGUCAAUUAGCUGAAGAUACUUUGUAUCCUCGGAUGCUUGGUGUCAGAGAAAGGACUCGUCUUUGUGGUGACUGGUUUAAAAAUUACAUAUAUAAAUAUGAAUAUAUAUCAUUUGUACACGAAGAACUCUCCCCAGUGGAAACUG